AUGGCCUCUACAAUACCCCCAGUUUCGACUGUCCUGCCCCCAUUGAUUCUCGGCACCGCGACAUUCAACACGCAAUACCACCCUGAUCCUACACAUAUGCCCUACGAGCGCAUCGUACGACGUGCCCUCCUCGACCAUAAGAUCGUCGCAUUUGAUACAUCGCCAUACUACGGGCCGUCUGAGAUUCUUCUCGGAGACGCGCUCGAGUCUAUCAACGCCCCACGAUCAUCUUAUUUGCUCAUUACCAAGGCCGGCCGCGUCGCCGCUGACACGUUCGACUACUCCCCAGCCUCCAUCCGCGCAUCUGUGCGCCGCAGCCUGUCCCGGUUACACUCCCCCUAUCUCGAUCUUGUAUACGCCCACGAUGUCGAGUUUGUCACCCCUGCUGAGGUCCUCGAGGCUGUCCGCGAGUUUCGACGACUCCGUGACGAAGAGGGGCUCCUGCGCUACGUGGGAAUUAGUGGAUACCCUGUGGAGGUCUUGGCGUCCCUGGCUGAGAUGAUAUUGCGGGAGACGGGGGAGCCACUCGACGCUGUCCUCUCCUACAGUCACUUUUGUGUGCAGAAUACUAAGUUGGGGGAGCCUGCCCUGCUCCAAAAGUUUGCAGACGCUGGUGUCGAGUGCCUGCUGAACGCAAGCCUGCUGAGCAUGGGCUUGCUGACUACACGAGGUGUUGAUGCCGGCCCCAUGGCGCUGUGGCACCCUGCGCCGCACGAGCUGCGUCGUGUGUGUAACGAACUCAGGUACGUCGCCGAGGCGGAUGGGGAGCGCCUUGAACAGGUAUGCAUCCACUGGUCCAUGGAACAUUGGGCCAAGAUUGGGGGCUCCUUUGGCACCUGGGCCGUCCCAGUCAGGCAUAGAGGCCAAGUUGCGCCGCAGUCGACGCGGCUAGGUAUCAGCGUCAUAGGUGUAUCAACCGUCUCUGAACUCGAUGAGACGUGGAACACGUGGUGUAGUGUCGUCGAGGAGUCUGCGACUGACGCCGAGCUUCGCAAGAGGGAGAUGAUAUCAUCCAUGGUCGCUGAGAGGAUGUGGCCACAGCUUGGAGAGUGGAAGAACUUCUCUUGGCCUUCUGGGCUCACUCAGUCGCGUCUGGGGAAAGGCAAUAGUUUUGAUAGCCAAGAGCCCCAUCACAAAUCGAAUGGUUCUACCAAUCUUUCGAAGAUUUAA